AAUUCUCAUCAAAACCGACGUCAAAGAAAGUUCAUCAAAUUAUUCCUUGUGGCUUUGACAAUAUUUGGAUUGUAUCAUUUCGGCCAUAAUAAUUUUACCACUGAUAUUAUUCCAGCUCCAAAUAUUGUUUUUAUCAAUGACAUUAAUAACAUUACUCAAGGUAAUGUAAUUACUCGGAAUGUUAGUAUGAGCAUCACGUUACAAAAGACUGGUAUCGGUAUGACAAAAAUUGACGUGAAUCGCGUAAAUGAAACAACAAAUAAUAAUCACGCAAUGUCUUUAGACAAUUCUCCAAAUUCAGCAUCAAUUAUUGUAGUUGAUGAUAAAGUUAAUUUCAAUGACGGGUUGAAUAGAUUCAAGGAAGAAUUGGAUAGUGUUAUCUCUUUUUUUACGGGUCUAAAUUCACAAGCAAGUGAACCUGAAGAUUUUAAUGUGAAUGCUAAAGAAGAUAAUGUAGGAGGUGAUGGAGUUAGACGAUUAGCAUGUAUGUCCAAUACGAAAGUUAAAACCAGAAGGGUGAAUGUGAAUGAUUUUACGGGCAUGCGACUUGAUAAAUCUUAA